AUGUAUGUGGGCGCUAAUAAUAAAAUCUAUGCACUGGAUAAAUCAGCCUCGACGACCGCAAAUGGUACGGUGAUUAUGAGUGUUACUAGUCGAUGUCUUGAUGUGUUUGUGGAUGUAAACAACACUCUUUACUGUUGUUUGGACGGUGAAAAUAAAGUUAUUAAAAUUUCACUUAAUAACAAGUCAAGUUCAGUAUCGUUAGCCGCAGGCAACGGAACCAGUGGAAAUUCAUCAUAUUUACUUAAUAAUCCCAACGGUAUUUUUGUUGAUGUCAAUCGAGAUCUAUACGUUGCAGACAGAUCAAACAAUAGAAUUCAGUUGUACCGGCAAGGAAGUUUGAAUGGAACGACGAUACAUGUUACUGGUGCAUUAACACCUGCUGGAUUGUUAAAUCCCAGCGGAGUUACACUCGACGGUGACGGUUAUCUUUUUAUUGUUGAUCGCGGUUAUAACAGACUUCUUGCAUCGGGACCGAAUGGCUUUCGAUGUAUAGCAGCGUGUUCUCCAACUGGUACCGGUGGUUCAGAAAGCAGUCAACUCAAAGACCCGCAGAAGCUUUGGUUUGAUUCCUUUGGGAAUAUUGUUGUCAUCGAUCGAAGCAAUUAUCGAGUUCAGAUCUUCUAUUUAAUAAAUAAUGCUAGUCAAACGACAACAACAACAUCCACAUCCACGACAUCUGUAACAUUCAUAUCGACGACAUCAACAACAUUAACAAUAACACGAGUAACAGCAUCAUCAAUACAAACAACACUAAUGUCAACAAGCCGCACACUUCAAUCUUCAACAGACGUUCAUUCAUCAGAUAUUGCAUCGAUAUAUAGUAUUUCGACAGAUAAUGCGAUUACAACGACCAAAUCUGGUAUUACGUCGAUAACGCAUUACAAUCCAAUGUCAACAGCACCAUUUUUUAUUGCUUCUUCGUGCUCCAAUACAACAAACAUCGGUCUCUAUUGUAAUAUAUCUAGUUCUUACUGUUCUAUGCUGGAUCCGUGCAGAAACAACGCAGCCUGCAAUAACUUAACGAACAGUGACCAAGGAUAUGUUUGCUCGUGCUCAGCCGGUUUCAACGGCACACAAUGUCAACUCAAUUAUCAAUCUUGUAAACCAACAACUUGCUUAAACAAUGGUGCACAUCCUCUUCUCUCCUCAUCAAAGAAACGCAUUUGA